AAUUUUAAUACAACAAUGAUGACAGAAUAUAACCAGCACUUUGAGAAAGCGUUGGAGUUUAUUAAUACCUAUCAAGAAUUGAUAGAUUGUCAUCUGGUUGAUUUUAUUACCAAGGGAUUAUGGGACAAGUGCUUACCAGAGAAAUUAAGAUCAGAACUUGAAAAUAUUGAUAUGAACGAUAACAUCUGGGCAGAAAACAAUAUAGAUUCAGAAUUGAGUAAUUUCAUACAAUUAACAAAAUCGCUUUCUUUAGAGUCAUGUCCAGCUGUUAUAUGCGUGAAUGAUUUGCCAAAGCUAUUACCGCAGUCUUCCACGGAACGUUUGAUUGAAAGCAAAUUUGUUUAUCCAAAGUCUGAGCUCAUGAAUACAAAGAAGUCACAUGAAAUAGAAAUGCUUGGAAAAGUUAUUACCGAGAUAGCACUUUCCACUCGUAGUUUAGUAAUAGACGCCGGAGCUGGAAAGGCGUAUUUGUCGACAUAUUUAUCAGAACAUUUUAACAUUCCUGUAUUAGCAAUUGAUUCGUCGCAAGUUUGUCACAAGGGUGCAAUAAAUCGUCAGGAAAAGAUUCAGAAAAGGAAACGAACGCUAACGAAGAUUCGAUAUAUAGUUCAAGAGUUAGACGACACGACUAAUUACAACAAAGUGGUGAAUACGUGUUACCCUGAUUGGAGUGUAAACGGAAAUCUUAUUUUGACAGGAUUGCACACUUGUGGAAUGCUUGUGCAUUCUGUAAUUAAAGCUUUCCUACAUGCGAAGGACAUUAAUUUACUUCUUGUUGUUCCAUGCUGUUAUCAUUUAGCGAAUGAAACAUUGAGCGGACGCUGGAAUUUCAGUAAAAAUGCCAGAAUGUUAGCUCAACAGUCUAUCGAAAGAAGUAGAUAUAAUAAGCAUCUUUCUCCUUCGUUAUUUUAUAGAGCUGUGCUGCAAAUUAUUCUACAUUCAAUGGGUCAGUAUAGAUAUAAAAUAUUAUAUAUUUUAUAAAAUAUAUGAUUUUAGAUACCAUCCGCAUAUGUAUUGCAAGAAAUAUAUCAGAAUCACAUACAUUUCGAAUCAAGAUUGCGUCUGUUUCAAAUGUUGAGAAUAUAUAUGAGCUCGGUAGUGGAAGCGGCAAUCAUGUUGGAUAGAAUAAUAUUUUUACAAAAUAAUAUCAAGUGUUCCAAGGUUGCUGUAAUACGUUUGUUUGAUCCAACACUCUCUCCUAGAUGUUAUGGAAUAAUUGCAACGAAAUAAGUACAAUAAAUAUAAAGAUAUUAAAGAUGUUAUGAAGACAGAAAAAAAAGAUUAAUCUGAUUAUA